UCUCUAGUUUUUCGUAUAUUUUCCCAAAACCUCUCUCUAAGCCCCAAAAAACAACAAGAGAGUAAAACCCUGACAAAGCACAGAGAGAGAGAGAGAGAGAGAGAUGAUGGCCGCCUUCCUAAGAAAUGGCUGCAAAAGCCAGAACUCACUGCAGAACUUGUUAACGCAGAGGCAUUCAGUUGGAGCUCCGAUUUUCCGGAGCCAACACCAGCAACAAUCGAAAGCUUAUGGGAAAUUUCCCAAAUCUUUUUACGGAAAAGUCAAAAACUUCGACUUGUCUCCUCCCAAUAUACUCUCCUCUCCGUUUUCUUCAACCAGAUCGUCGUCUUCAACGUUUGGGUUUGUUGGGUGGUAUUUGGGGAUGGUAAAAUCUCGACCCAUUCUCACUAAAAGCAUCACUUCUGCUCUUAUUUACACUAUCGCCGACUUGUCAGCUCAGACAAUUGCACUGCCAUCUUCAGAACCUUAUGAUCUUGUGAGGACAUCACGCAUGGCUGGAUAUGGAAUGCUAAUUUUAGGACCAUCACUACAUUUUUGGUUCAACUUUGUGUCAAAAGUUCUUCCAAAACGUGAUGUAAUGUCGACAAUUAAAAAAAUUGUCAUGGGGCAGACACUAUAUGGACCUGUUAUGACUGUUGUUUUCUUCUCCGUGAAUGCGGCUUUACAAGGUGAAAAUGGUGCAGAGAUCACUGCUCGAUUGAAACGGGACUUGCUUCCUACUAUGAUAAAUGGUGUUAUGUACUGGCCGAUGUGUGAUUUUGUGACAUUCAAGUUCAUCCCCGUUCACUUACAGACAUUGAUGAGCAACUCGUUCGCAUUUCUAUGGACUGUUUACAUUACCUACAUGGCUAGUUUAGAGAAAGCAGGCACCGAGUAAGAAAAUGUGUGCUGAUAAUCAGUCCACCAAUUUUCUUACUAAUGCCCUAGACCGCGUUCUCCGAUUGCACAACUCCUGAUGGUAGUUGCUGUGGAAUCACACAAACAAACAUCUUGAUGCAUUUGCAGAAGUAUCAUGUGACGUUGUGGCAGAAGCAUGGUUUGGAGCCUAACCAAAAUACUCGAGUUAGAAACAAACAUUGUAUGCGGUUAUAUUAUCAAUUCAAUUAUAUGUUUAUAAGAACUACAUAAAUGGACUAUGUUUACAGGAACUGUAUAAUUAGAUUUAGCUUCCAAUGGUUUCAUGAAAUAGGUUAGUGGUUUUCAAUUAAAACUUUCAUUUGCACUCUGUGCUAUCUUUCUAUUUUGGUUGACUUCCAGUUUGGUGUUCAAGGAGAGAUAUUGUACGCAGAAAGUUUUUAAGUUGUACCAAUCAUUUGAAGCA